UGAGGAUAGAUUGUAAGGUUGGGAUUUUAAGGCUCGAAACGUAAAGAUUUCGUCAUUGAAGCCAGAUAAUCAGAUCCAUCCAGAUCAAAUAUCUUCUCUGGAGGUCCGUUUGGAUAGUGAAGGUCAUCGUAUCAACCUCUAGCAAUCAUUCUGGCAAUUGAGGAAUUGUGGUAGUACCAGGAUUAGUUCAUAGAGUUCAGACAGUACUUAUAAUAAAGCAAGCAAAUAUCACAAACUGAACUACAACAUUUGGUGUAGUUCCAUAUUCAUCUAGAUUCUGAAGAUCUUCCAAAGUACUCCAGAUCAAUUACUAUAAUCAGAAGAUAUACACAGACCUCCACAUCCAUCGUAUCAUCAUCAUCAUAUUUAUUAGAUAUUAACGUCAAUUCAUCAAUAAUAUUACAAUACACCCAUAGAUCAUCUCCAAAUCUUAUACAACCACAUCAUCUACUUCAAUCAACUUAAUUAAAAUGGACCUGGUAUCGUCAUUCUUUGAAAACAUCCUCGUCGUAGAUCCAGAUACAGCCGGUAAAGCGAAAUCGCAGCCAGAACCAAACAGGCGCAAUUCUGGGCUCAACACAAUGGACUUCUCGUCGUUGUGGAAUUACGGAAAGGAAUCUCCCAGUUCGUCUUUCUUGAACAACUCGUAUAUGGCUGAUAAGUUAAUGGAGAAAAUCAUAGAGAUGAUCAUACCGAUGGAUGUGUCGGAUGCUCGUACUGGCCAGAUGCUUGAUAGAAUCGAAAUGCAGAAACUGCGUCCUCCGUUACUGAUGGCGAUCAUGUCCAACAACUCAACUGAAUUGAAUAAACGUAUGACGAAUAGUUUUGUCAUGACGGACAACAUCAUCCGUUUCUUCAGCUGGACCCAUCCCUUUUACACUGUAGGAGUCUUGCUCAUUGCAACACAUCUAAUUCUCAAGCCGUACCUCAUGACAGUUCUUCCAUUGGUGCUACUUCUCGUGAGAGUGCUUAUUCCGCACUAUCUCAUUAUGUAUCCACCAGAUUCGUCGUAUUUGUCAGAGUACAUAGAACGCAAUCCAGAGCCAGCAUCUUACCAAUUGCACAAAUGUAAGGUCCCUGGCCCAAUUCCCCAGUUUUCAAGGGAGUUUGUGCUUAACUUGACAGAUUUACAAAACCUGCAAACGAUCUAUAUCUCUGUCUAUGACUUUGUCAUGUGGCUAACAAAAGAUUAUUUGUACUUUAAAGACGAGAACAUCUCGUCGGUGGUGUUUUUGACUGUUUUGGUGUUUGUAGUGACGAAUUUGUUUGUUAUGCCUGGACUAUUGUCAUAUUUGGCUAGCCACUUUUACGUAGUUCAAGGCAUGACAAUUGUAUUUGUCUGGGGAUUUGUCAUCGCUUUCCAUCCAUUUUGUCGUAGUCGCAUUUUGGAAUGGCUCUACAGCGAAGACACCAGACUUACGUUCUUGGAGAUGUCUAAUAAUGUUGAAUCUAAAUUCGUUGAUUACUUGGAAUCAGCUCAAGAACCUCCCAAACUCAAUGACGAGGGGUAUGUUAUUAAUUUGGACUCGAAGGAUAUAAAACUAGUAGAGAUCUUUGAGCUCCAAAGGUUGGACAACAAGACGAAGAUGUGGGAUUUGGUAGGUUUUACAAACAACAUCUACACAGUCAACACGGCUACGAGAAAAUUCAACAGAGGACUCUAUAAUUUCCUUGCAGAGGCUGACAAGCACGAGAACCACGAACACGAACAAGCCGCAUCAGAUAGAAAUAGGUACAUAAAAUUGAACAAGAAAUCAUCGAUCAACGAUGUGAUGCCACCAGUGAACUGGAAGUUUGCUGAUAGUAAAUGGGAACUAGACCUCGAAGUAGGCGAAUGGGUGAGACAAAAUUAUAUUGAGGAUCUCGUGAUGAUUGACGACGACGAAAAAUGGGUUUACGAUUACGAUUACCAAGACGGCCAUGUCUUGGACCAGGAUAACGAAAAGAACGACGUUCCAAGAAAUGUUUAUAGAAGAAGGCGUUGGAUCAGACAUGUUAUUCGAGAGAGUACUCUUGAAGAUGAUGAUCAACAAUAAUUUACAAAAAUGUAUGUGAAGUUAUAA